GGCACAUAGGUAGUUCGAACGCGAGUGCUUGGGUGUUUGGCUUUUUUUCCUUUACCCCUGCUGCGACGUGGAAUUGUUUCUCCCGAUUCACGUUACACGUCGUUAUUUUGUUUACAACGCCAAACAGUCAGCCUACUUUCACCUGGACACUCAUCACAAAUACGAUGGGUGUCUGUUUUCUUUGUGAUAAAAAAUUGGACGGAAGAAGUACACAAGUGUGUUCAAGCAGAACAUCAUACAGUAAUGUACCAUUCCCAGAAAAAAUUGCUGAGUUUAUGGGAGAUGAAGUUGUGGUUAUUGUAACUACUGCUGAUCACAUGUGCAAGAAAUGUACCGCACAUUUGAAUCAUAUAGACGAAUUGGAAAAUGUUCUGAAACUUGUUAAAAAUGCAUUUUUUUCAUGUAUACAAAAGAAAUAUGGAAUAUUGCCUCCUGAUCAGGCUGUUAAGAGUGUUGAGAUUGUCAAUAGACACUUAAAAGCAGAGGAACAGCUAGAACAGCGUAAAGUACCAGUACCUAGUAGUCUGAGAGUAAGAGUUUCUCCCGCUGUAACUACUGCUGCAGUUAUUACUCCGGUCCAAACUCCAUUAAAAUUGUUAAAAACACAACAUAAGCAGCAACAACAACGACCACCAACUCAACAAAAAAGAGCUAACCUAAUGAAAGAAUACAAGUGUACUUUUUGUGGAUUCCAAUCAAAAGAGCUUGGGCGUGUUCGAUUCCACCUGCGCACCACUCAUGGGAACAAUAAAGAGCCUGAAAAACCUAUUCUUAAUCAAACAGUGGCAAAUGCAUUAACAAUGGUACCGCAACAGAAGGAACAAAUUUAUAGAUGUCAGGUAUGUUCUAAAACCUUUGAUUGUCAAAUUAAUUGUCUUGAUCAUAUUCAGAAAGACCAUAAUCAGCCAACUCCGUCAACUUCAACUGGAGAAAGAGAAACUGAAGAUUCUUGCCUGGUUAAAACUAAAGCUAUAAAACUGGAACCAUCGAAGACUCAAGAAAAUAAUCAUCAAGCAGACUCUAUGGACGUAGAUGAAAAUCAAAAAGAUGACAAAAGCACUGUCAAUAUGGAUAUGAUGUUCAAUGACUAUUUCCCUACUCAAGGAUCUGCAGAUGUUAAACAAGAAAAAGAUAAUGAAAAAUCUCAGAAAUAUAAGCCUAUAAAAGAAGCCAAAUGGAAAAUAAAACCUGAGCCUGCACAAGAAGAAACUUCUGACGAAGAAAAUGAAGAGAAUAAAGAAAAUAUAACCAUGAUUAAACAGGAAGAAGCUAAUCAAAAAACUCCUUACGUUAUUAAGAAGGAAGUGAAAAUAUGGAAAACAAAACUGGAGACUUAGACAUAGAAUCAAUGUAGCGGCAAUCAAUAAUGAUAAUCCUACCAAAAAUGAGGAUACAGAAAACAAAGCUAAAGAUUUAUAUAACUUAUUUGAAAGUUCAUAAUCACUUUUAUAUUAAUUAUAAGCUCCAGUUUCACCAUUUAAAAUUAAUUUUUUUAAAUGGAAUUAAUUUAGUGGCAUAAUUUAGGACACUGUAUUAUUUAUUAUAAUAGGUAUUAGAAAUUAAAUCACCUUUUUUUGGAAAAUUAAUAAGAUAAAGAGUACAAUAAACAAUUCUAUUUUAUGAACUACUUAAACUUGUAUAAUAACUGAUAAUUUAAAUCAAAUUAACAUAAUGCUAUAAUAUUUAAAAAAAAACUUACAAACAAUGAGUUAGUUUCUAACUAACUAACUAACUAAAUAUUGUAUGAUAUUUGUGAACUUAUAAUAUAUUUUAACGAUGUACCUAAUUUAUUAAUAAACAUUAAUUUUCAACAAUCAUAAAUGUGUUAAAGGAUAUUUGCAGACAUCUAAAUAUGCAUACAUUGUUGUUAUAGUUUUAUAGUUUUUGUUAAACCAAUAAUGAUGACAACUUAAUUAGCAUACUG